AUGGAUCAGGUGGAGGGCGCGUUCGUGCAAGGGGUGGGGUUCUUCACGAACGAGGACUAUGCGAGGAACGCCGACGGGCUGGUGGUGAACGACGGCACCUGGACGUACAAGAUCCCCACGGUUGACACCAUCCCUAAGCAGUUCAACGUGGAGCUCAUUAACAGCGCGCGCGACCAGAAGCGGGUGCUCUCCUCCAAGGCGUCCGGCGAGCCGCCGCUGCUGCUUGCGGCGUCGGUGCACUGCGCAAUGCGGGAGGCCAUCAGGGCGGCCAGGAAGGAAUUCAAGGCCAACUCGCCGCUGACGUUCCAGAUGGACGUGCCGGCGACCAUGGCCGACGUCAAGGAGCUGUGCGGCCUCGACGUCGUCGAGAGGCACCUUCAGAGCCUCACUUCGGCCGCCGCCAGCGCCGCAGUGAAGGCGUGAUCGUAUUUGCAUGUAAAUUGUGUCGAAACGUGGGCAUAUGUACUGCUGUAAUGACACGAUGAAGGUGUGGGACGCUGAACAAUGUCCGGUUUGCCUGUGUGCUGCUGUGUAUAGAAGAGAGGAGAUAAAACAGCUAUCGACGUGGAUCUAUCAUAAGCGUUGGGUUUUCAUCUAACGGCAGGCAUGCACAUGCUGCGAUUCUGCUUAUAAUGGAGUAUAUUUUUACUACAAAAAUGAAUAUCUUCAAUUCCUGUUAUAAAUAAAGGCAAAUCUA